UGAGCGUUUCAAUUGUCGAUUUUAGGACUCGGCCUCGAUAUUCCACAAAAAGUGGACGUUCACAUGAAUACAGUAAAUAGCAAUAAAACACGCUAAGCUGCUAUAGUUUCAUGUCGGUCACGAUGGUGGUACUCAAAAGAGCCAAGUAUUUUGGAGGUGGGAUUCGGUGUCAAAAGUUUACAAACAAUGUCAAUUAUUUUGCGUUGUGUUCAUUCCGGCCAAGGACCGGGAACGGCGACCGCACAAAAAAAAAAAAAAAAAAAAAAAACAAACUAAAAGCGGAGGAAGCGCCGUUGAGUUACGAUCACUCGGUACGUCCAAAUUGCUAAAUCUUUGAAAGCUCCCCGAGACCCGACUCCUUCGCCGAUGUCCUACUUUGAAGCUGCCGUAUUGGCAGCGCGGCUGCGCCCGGUCCAUAAACGUGUCCCGGCUCGGUGAAAUACAAGCGGGAGAUUUCAGGCCCUCCGUUUAAAAGUAAUGAAUUACGACGACAGUGGAAGGGGGAGGAAAAAUGUGCAGCCAUUUAGGGACCGAGCCGGGAAUUUGGUGAGCGCCUCGGCGGCCCAUCCAUCAGGGCCACAAUAAAAGAGUUUUUGGCUGACGCCGGGAAUUUAUGGUCGCCCUUCCCUGUCCUAAUAAGUCAAGCGGCCGUGUCAGCGGCUGACAGGCCGGUGCCGAAUACGGCAGUGGCCGUUAUCAAUCAAAAAACACUUGCAUCUGUUUAACUUUUCGCCUGAUCAGCAGGACGUUUAUAGGCUAUUGAGUAAUAAGAUAAGUGGGCCUCUUUCGAAAAGGAGGUGGCGGGAAUUGGGAAAUGGAAGAUUUCGUGAUGAAUUGCAACCGCGGGAGGUUUUCAUAAAACACUUUGCGUUGGGGGGGAAAAAAAAAAAAUGGCAGUUUGGAUUCAAUGCGCUGACAUUCAUUUAUUCCACAAACAUUUCAUUUUGCACUUUUCCAACAUGAAAAGGUACAAACAGUUACCCGGGUUUCACGUAGUACAUGAUUAGGAAGGACUCCGACUCAAACCUUAGAUCUCGCGGUGCGACUUUCACGCUCCAUCUUAAAGUUAUUUCAUUCUAGCUUGUUUUAACCCCUCGAUGCAGUUUGCCAACUGGGCCUUGGUGCGGUUCAGAAAGAAGGCUGGUAAAACUCCCGUCGGGACCAAAUCAAAUGGUCCUCGGUACAGUUCAAAACAAACUCUGGGGCACACCACAAGAACCAAAACUUUGGCACUUUUUAUGAAUUUCAAUUUUUUUCCGCCCUGGAGAAGGUUUAAAAAAAAAAAAAAAAAAGCACAGAAGAGCGAGAGUGAAGUACGGUCAGGAUAGUCGAACGAAAAGCUCAGCAACGUCUUCUUGUUUGUCUUUCAUUAAAGAGAUUUACGGGAAGAUUACAGAGGCCAAGAUGAUGGAGGGCUACGGCAAAGACGCUUCCACUUCGCUUUAUUUUGCGCUCGGCGCUGACCUGAAUAUGACUGAGGCGAAGACGGCUGACGGGUAAACUGGCAAGCGGGACGGAGGAGUGACAGAUGCCAGGAAAGGACGUGAAAACGCGUCAGCGGAUGGACGGGAGCAAACGUCGCCGUCUUGCUUGUUUUCCCCAGCCAUAGGUUUGGUUUUUUUUUUUGUUAGUAAUGACUCACGCAAGGUCAAAAAACAACCCAAAAAAAAAAAAAAAAAGACUCUUUGUCUUGUCGACAUGGGAAUGAGCAGCGACGACCUACAGUGGAAGAUCUCAAGUCCAAGUGGUGCUGGUUGACUUGCGCGUUGUUGCCAAUCGGAAAGGCUUGCAAUUAUGGUCGAAGUAGAGCUCGGCCUUGAGAGUCCCAAAUUUUCACAAUUAAAAAUACAUUUCCGACUAUAUCAAAUGAGACUUAAAAAAAAAAAGAGUGAAAAAUGCGCCAACGUUUGCUAGCCACUAGCUUGCAUCUGAGCUAACAGGAUCGGCUUGAUGGUAAAACCACAAAUAAGAACCGAGGCGCUCCGUUUCAGCCACACCCAACAAAGCAGGAAGACCACAAUGUCUCCGUAAUUGUCACGUUUUCAACAAUUAGCGUUAAACAAAUCUCGGAAUUCACUUCACAGGGUCUUUAAAAAGAGAUCUGACACCCCCCCCCCACGCCCCUGAAAAAAAACUGUUCCGAUUUUGUUUGUCUUCCCUUUUUUUUUUUUUUUUUUCCCCACCACUUUUGGGGUUUGCUUUACUUGUCCUGGUGCAAACGAGUUGUUUGGCCAACCUGAACUCGCAUCAACUCCCACAAAUAACGUGACAGUAAGUGUCCAAAACGCUCACGUCUCUAAAUUCCUGUUUGUGACAGCACAGUGCCUGCGCGGUUAGCAUGUGUGCCUCGCGUUUCUGAAGUUUGGGGUUCGAAUACGGGCCCUUUACCCUACCAGGAACGCCACCUUGAAGCCUCAAACUUGUUGAUAAGUGAAAGAUUUAUUUCGGUCUUCAUAAUAGUUAGAAGAGAUCGUCACUUUUCCCAUUUUGUGGAUGUAAAAUUUCUACUUUGGCUCAAUGAGGGCGAACGAACCGCCGGAUUCGUUGAUUUCGGUCACGUCGGGGAGUGCCGCGCAUGCGCACAUUCCCAAUUGCACGUGGAAAGUCCACGUUAAAAGGCGCCGCGAGCGCGAAAGACACCCUCGCGUGGGUGCCGCACGUCACGCGUGAAAGACACCCCGGCGUAGAUGCCGCACAUCAUCUUUUCACCUCGAAUCAACUCUUGCAGGCUGCCGUCCGCGCGGACUAGAGCGCGCGUGCAAGGACGCGGCCGAGCGGGUGGAGGCGGAGUGAUCCUGCCUUCCUUUGGCGCACCACGACCCCUCCUCCUGCCGCCGCUGCCGCUGUAAUCCGAGCGCGCUUUCGGACCUGCGACCACACCGUCACAGGACGCCGACGGGAGAAGGUGACGCGCGACGGAUUCUCCACGCUCGCCCGUGAGGAUUUAACGCUUUGGGUGUUUGGGGCUUUCCACGGGGCAUUACCCACACAUGCAUUUCUCGGCUUCGGGCUUCGGGUCAUGAUCACGUCGCCCGCGGUGUCUGUCCCGAGACAUAGCAGCAAUCCAGCGUGGGAGAGCCGCCCCGCGUCCGGGGAGAGAGGCGCGCCGAGCCCCGUCGGCCGUCCGUACGCGCACCGCAGCUUCGCCGCAGACGCAGUUUUCUCCCCCGCGGACCCGCACCGCCAGGCCGGCCGUCUGCCCAUCAAGCUGCUGAAAAUGCUGACGGCCCGGGCGGGACACAUCAUGCACCCGGAGUACCUCCAGCCGCUGCCGUCCACGCCGAUCAGCCCCAUCGAGCUGGACGCCAAGAAAAGCCCACUGGCGCUUUUGGCUCAAACGUGCUCCCAGAUCGGCAAGCCGGACCCCCCCGCCUCGUCCAAGCUCUCCUCGGUGGCCUCCGGCGGGGACAAAGACGGCAAGGCCGGGCCCCUGAAGAUCAGCGACAUCGGCGCGGACGACAAGUCGAGCUUCAAACCGUACGCAAAGUCGUCGUCGUCGGACAGCAAGAAGGAGUCGAGCCCGAACGGGGAUAAGAACGGUUUCCGGGUGCCGAGCGCCACCUGCCCGCCGUUUACGCCCAGGACAGGCAGCCCCGGCGCCUCCGCCAGCCCCGGCCCCGGCCCCAGCCCGGGCUCCGGCUCCAGCUCCAGCUCCGCCUCGGACUCCCCGCUGCCGUGCGAGGGCAAAGCGGCGACGGACAAGGAGGACAAAAAGGAGUGCGGCGAGCGCAACACAAACGCGGCUUCGCCGGAGAGUAACGGCGGCCACAGGACCAGUGGAAUAAGCCCCGACAGGACCCAGGAGAGCACGCCGGGGUCCAAGGCUCUCACGUCGGACUCCUCGGUGCUCGGCUCCGGGUUGGUGGCUCCGGUUUCCCCUUACAAGCCAGGCCACGCGGUUUUCCCCCUGCCCCCCGCCGGCAUUUCCUACCCCGGGAGUCUCGCGGGCGCCUACGCGGGUUAUCCGCAGCCGUUCCUGCCUCCCGGCAUGAGCCUGGAGCACGCCAAAUCCGGCGGGCAGCUCCUGAGCGCGCAGUUCGCAGCGUGCAGCAAGGCCGGGACCAGCCCCCUGGCCGCGGCGUCCCCUCCCUCCCUCAUGUCGGCCAGCCUGUGCCGGGACCCCUACUGCCUCAGCUACCACUGCAGCGGCCAUUUGACGGCGGCGGCGGCGGCCUCCGGGGCAAACUGCGCGCACGACGCCGCCUCGGCACUCAAGUCCGGAUACCCGCUCGUGUACUCCGCGCACCCGCUGCACGGCGUGCCUUCCUCGGCGCCGACGUUCGGCGGACACCCGCUGUACCCGUACGGCUUCGUGCUGCCCAACGACCCGCUGCCGCACGUCUGCAACUGGGUGUCGGCGAACGGCGCGUGCGACAAGCGCUUCUCCAGCUCCGAGGAGCUGCUCGGCCACCUGCGGACUCACACGGCCUUCGCGACCGGUUCGGAGAAGCUGCUCGCCGGCUACCCGGGAUCGUCGUCCUCGCUCGCCGCCGCCGCCGCCAUGGCCUGCCACAUGCACGUGCCCUCCGGCGGCAGCCCGGCCACCCCCGGCGCCCUCUCCCUGCGGGGACCGCAUCACCCGCUCGGGCUGGGCAGCCGCUACCACCCGUACUCCAAGAGCCCCCUGCCCGCCCCCGGAGCGCCGGUGCCGGUGCCGGUGCCUGCGGCCGCCGGAACCUAUUACUCCCCGUACGCCUUGUAUGGACAAAGACUGACGACAGCCUCGGCUUUGGGAUACCAGUAGAGACAAUUCCGACAACUAUAUAUAUAUAGAUAUAUAUAUAUAAAAUACAUUUAUAAAGGUGAUUUGGGCCCGAUGAGUUUUUAUAUGUACUUCAUGCAGGGACUGGAUCCAUCUGGGGAUCGGUGUAUUUAUUUGAGAUAGCUUCAAGCGUGACUUUAAAAAAAAAAAAAAAAAAAAAAUUAAAAAAGCUAUUAUAAUAUAACUUGCAAGAGCGUCAAUGUGCAUUAUUUGGGAGACACCCAACCCCUAAAGGAAGGAAUUCAAACAAAACGGGCCUUUUGGGUUGUCAGCACUUUUGAUGGAUGUGGAAGAACAAUCAGCGGAUUUGUGUUGAUUUUUGUGGGGAACAAAAAGCAGCAUGAAGCCCGUAUGGCACAUUUCUACUUUUUAAAAAUACUCGUUCCUUUUCCACGGAGUAGCCAACAGGCCUUAAGGCUUGAACAUUAUGGUGUUCAAAUUAAAAUAUAAUUUUGCAAUACUUAAACUUCUGGGCUAAAUUGGUGCCUUUUGCUCGUCUCGCUCUCAAAAGAAACUUUGUCAGCGUUUGAGAUGAUGAGACAUAUUGAACUACUCAAAGUGUGCAUGGGUCCUUCUCAGGCAACCUUGCUUUUGUCGUCAUUUUAUUGGAGUAAAACUCAUUUGAGUAGCACGAC